AUGUCAACAGAUAAUAACCCAAACCAAUCCACCCCUACAAGUACUGCCGUGACACCUACGAUCGACCGUUCCAUACUAAAUGACAAAUGGGACGUUGUGCUUUCCAAUAUGUUGGUGAAAGUAGGUCUGGGAUUUAGUGUGGGUGUCGUAGCAUCAGUCAUAUUUUUCAAACGUCGUACUUUCCCCGUCUGGUUGGGUAUAGGCUUCGGUGUCGGGAGAGGUUAUGCUGAGGGGGACGCCAUAUUCCGUUCUCCUGCUGGAUUAAGAACUGCCAAAGUUUGA